UCCGCUCUUUGGUACCAAAAUUUGCCUUCGAAACCAUCUCGUUUUGAGCAGCAGGUGUUCUAUAAACGAAUCGAUUUGAACAGAAUUGAGCGUAGAUGAUGUCAAAUUCGUUAUACAGAUAUCGAAAACUUGGCCUAAGAGAGGGUCUUGAAAACGACUACAGAUACCCAUAUGCGUGCAAAGAGUUAGGGUUUAUUCUCAGAGCAACUUUUCAUCAAUUCCCCAAAACCACGCAAUCCGCCAUCUUCGAUGACAUCCUCUCUGCCUUCCGUCUCCUCCCAGGGAGCAUCGAUGCUGAUAACUGAACUACGCACACAUUGCACUGCAAAUCUUCUGUUUCAAACUAAUUCUUUGGAAGAGAAGAAAUAUAUGAAAAUAGUCACAGGUGAAAGAAUGCAGACUCAGAGUGCUGUUUCCGCAGUCCAUUUCCUCCUAAACAGUGUAAAAGUAGCACUACCAAAGCAGAAAAAGAAUAUUGCUCUGACCGAAUUUAAGCAUGCAAUAGUUGCUCAUAAGAGGUGUCAUAAAGCUCAGCAGGCACAGGAAGGUUCAUUGCAACUGCCACAAGAUAUGCUUGUGCACAUUUUCAGUUUUCUUGAUAUGAAAUCUUUGGUCUUAGCAGGGCUAGUCUGUUGGUCGUGGAACAUAGCUGCAAAUGAUAACCAUCUGUGGGAGAUGCAGUAUCUUGCACUGUAUGGUAAACAGCCACCUAUGAGAUUGGUUGAAGGCAAAAACAAAAGGCUUUUGCAGGAAUCUGUAGAUACUAGAACUGGUACUAACUGGAAACAGGCUGUUAAAGGAUCAUACACAGGAGCAUUAUCUAAGAAAUUAUCGAUGAAUCGGGGAUAUUGUGGACGCUGCAAAUGUAUAGUUUGGCUAAAUAACUCAAAAUGCUCCAAUGCACGCUGUAGAGUAUCUGAAAUUCAAAAUAUCAAGCCUCUAUCUCCAUUCAAGUUUGUCGAUUUUCUUCUGGAUGGUUCUAUAUCGGAACCAUCUUCCUCAGACAGUGACAGUGACAGUGACAGUGACUCGGAUGAAGGACCAGUUUCUAGGUUAUGGGCAUAUCCCAAGCAUAUAAGAUAACUAUAGGGGACAGCUUUUGCAUUGAAUCAAAUAUAUGAAUAUGAUGAUUCUGUUCCUAUAAAAUAUUUCAGGUUGCCUGCAGAAUAAAAUAUUUCUUUUCAAUAAGUAGUUGGUGUCCUUUUCUCUAGUAUGAGAAUGAUCGAGCUGCUUGCAAUUGCUGAUCCAACUAAAAAUUUUGUAAUAAAAAAUAUAGCAUUCAAUAUUAUUAAUGUAUUGAAUUUUAUAUCUUAUUAUUUUUAAUAAAAAUUAUACAUAGAUUUUAUUGUGUG